GGUGAGCGCGGUGACUCAGAUCGAGCGCACCCACCGUAACGAGACAAGAAAUAGUAAAAGACGUUUGGCGCGGUUGAUAGACUAGCUGCUGACAGCAAAGGGAGUAGAUCCGGGGAUAGACCCGCGGCUCGAGUAUAUUUUUUAGAAGUACUUUCUCUGGGAAACAGACUUAAGAGAUUUAGAUCUGUUCUCGAGUUUGUACAGAGAGAGGCGGUUUGUUCGUUGUUUUUCACCAGCCGUAGCCAGCCGUCUACCUAAGCUUGCCCUGCUCAGGCAGACGGAAAUAUCCGAAAAUGCCUCCCGUCGAAAAUGACAGUGGGAAGAAGGAACUCAAAUCUCAGAUACAAGCGCUUAUCGACUCCAAUCAAGUGAUUGUGUUCAGCAAAAGCUACUGCCCAUUUUGUGUAAAGGUCAAAGACUUGUUCAAAGAACUGCAAGUCGAGUGCAAUGUGGUGGAGCUGGAUCUUAUGGAUAAUGGGACAAGCUACCAGGAGAUGCUGCUUGAGAUGACCGGACAGAAAACGGUUCCUAACGUUUUCAUCAACAAGAAGCACAUCGGUGGCUGUGACAAAACAUUACAGGCCCAUAAAGACGGCAGCCUGCAGCAGCUGCUUAAUGGCGAUAAUGAAGACUAUGACUACGACCUGAUCGUCAUCGGAGGCGGCUCUGGAGGCUUGGCCUGCUCGAAGGAAGCUGCUACACUGGGGAAGAAGGUCAUGGUGUUGGACUACGUUGUGCCCACACCAAAAGGAACCACUUGGGGUCUCGGAGGAACGUGUGUGAACGUAGGCUGCAUUCCCAAGAAGCUGAUGCACCAGACGGCCUUGCUGUCCACGGCCAUGCAGGACGCGCGCAAGUUCGGCUGGGAGUUUGAUGAGACAGGUGAGGGCUCAGGGGACCGACCCAGGAGGUCACGCAGGGGUGACAUCACACCAGCUUGCCGUGUGAAACACAACUGGGACACGAUGAAGACCGCUGUUAACAACUACAUUGGCUCCCUGAACUGGGGCUACAGGGUAUCACUGAGGGACAAGAAUGUCAACUAUGUCAAUGCCUAUGCAGAGUUUGUGGAACCACACAAAAUCAAGGCUACAAACAAACGAGGGAAGGAGACGUUCUACACAGGAGCCAAGUUUGUUUUGGCUACGGGUGAGAGGCCACGUUACCUGGGCAUUCCCGGAGACAAGGAGUAUUGCAUCACCAGUGAUGACCUCUUCUCUUUGCCUUACUGCCCGGGGAAAACUCUGGUGAUCGGAGCGUCCUAUGUGGCUUUGGAGUGUGGCGGCUUUCUGGCCGGCCUCGGGCUCGACGUCACCGUCAUGGUACGGUCCAUCCUGCUGAGGGGCUUCGACCAGGACAUGGCCAACCGCGCUGGUGAACACAUGGAGGGGCACGGUGUCAAGUUCCUCCGUAAAUAUGUACCCACAAAGAUAGAGGAGCUUGAAGCAGGAACUCCUGGCAGGCUGAAGGUGACCGCCAAGUCCACAGAAACCGACGAGAUCAUCGAGGGAGAGUACAACACUGUGUUGAUCGCAGUGGGCCGAGACGCAUGCACAGACAAGCUCGGCCUGGAUAAGGCAGGAGUCAAAGUCAACCCAAAGAAUGGAAAGAUUCCUGUGAAUGAUGAAGAGCAGACCAACGUGCCCCACAUCCAUGCCAUUGGCGACAUUCUGGAAGGCAAAUGGGAGCUGACACCUGUAGCCAUCCAGGCUGGCAAGCUGCUGGCUCGACGCCUCUACGGAGGAUCAACGGUCAAAUGUGACUACAUCAAUGUUCCCACCACAGUCUUCACCCCGCUGGAGUAUGGUUCCUGCGGUCUGCCAGAGGAGAAAGCCAUCGAGCUUUACGGCGAGGAAAACCUCGAGGUGUAUCACAGUCUCUUUUGGCCUCUGGAGUUCACCGUGCCCGGCAGGGACAACAACAAAUGCUAUGCCAAGAUCAUCUGCAACAAACUAGACAACGAUCGAGUCAUAGGUUUCCACUACCUAGGACCGAAUGCAGGAGAGGUGACGCAGGGCUUCGGUGCAGCCAUGAAGUGUGGCGUCACCAAAGAACAGUUGGACACCACCAUUGGCAUCCACCCAACCUGUGCUGAGGUCUUUACCACUCUGGAGGUGACCAGGAGCUCUGGUGGAGACAUCACACAGUCCGGUUGCUGAGGUUAAACCCUGCAUGUUUAGCAGGCUGCUCUCACGUUAGACUCCCCUACUAAACCUUUUCCUCUUGACUCCCAGUCAACCUUUAACUUCAGCCUCACCUCUAGCCCCUCCCUUUACAGGGCAUUUAUUUCUCAGGAGCACCUGAACGUAAAACUCUCGGUGUGACUGGGAGCUACGAGGUAAAUGGAGAUGGUCAGGGCUGAAGAUCUGCGUGUCUUCUGCUCUGGCUGAAGGAGUCUGAUGUGAAAGCUGCCUGCUGAACAGCGGGGUUACUCUGCUAAUGUUUCUAUUGGGCCCCACCAGCGUGUCACUCUCGGAGAAGCCCAAACACACACCAUUCCCGAGUGUGUGUGUCUGGGCUGUUUUUGACGUCCUUACCCGUAACCUCAAAUAAUUAGGUGGGCAAGGAUCGAUGUCCCUCUGUAGAAGCACCUGAUGGUGGCCCGAACCCUUCGUCCAACCCCCCCACCCCCCAGAUUCAUCUAUUAUAAAUUGGCUCAUUACCAGCGUUUGAAAGGAUGCACAAUUCUGGUGCGUGCAUAGGUUAGCACCAUGCCUUCAUCAUUCCAUACAUCCUUCGUACAGGUUUAUAAGUUGACUUAUAUGAAUAUACAUGUCUUUGUCAAUAUUUAUCUUUGCUUUGUGAAAGCACCAGAGUUUUCAGUUUUCAAGAGAAACCUGUGAUGCAUCAAGAGCCUGGAGACUGUUUCAAAUAAGCGAAUGGCAAGUUUCCACCUGGAUUGCUCUGGUCGUGUUUUUGCUCAGUUUGUAAUUUAAUGACUGCUUGUUGCAUUGUGCUGUCUCGUGCGUCGUUUGGAAGACGCCGCUCCCGUUGCUGUUGACGACAUUUCAUCUGUAUAAAUGGCUUGUUUGUUUGUGUGGAACUUGUAGAGUCUACUCAGCGUUAAAUAAAGGCAUGUCUAUCUUCA